CCUGUCAUCGCUUUAUUACUUUUUGUGUCUUGUCAUUUUCCUGCUGUUUUCGUGUUUUUAAUAAAAAUUUGUUAUCAAAUGAUGUCACAGUUUUUAUACAUUACAAAAAGUUUUUUCUGUGAUAUAAAAUGACAAUUUGUUCAUUUCUCUCUUUUAAAAUUCUAGUCAAUUAAAUUAGUUCCACUUAUCAAUUAAUAGAACCUCUAAACAUCAUAUUUAAAUGGUGGAAUACAGAAAAUCCGCAUUAACUGGGUAAUGAGUGCCAGUGAGACUGUUCCUAUCUUGAUAAAUACAGGAGGAUCCGAAAACGAAUCACACGGGGCCUUGUCCAUAGUUUGCAGUGACGGAGAAGACAUCCCACUUGUUCCUGAAGUCGUCUUCGAAUCAGCGUUGGAUUCCCCGGGUUUCAAUGGAGAAUCACAGCCUCUUCUGGGCGGGCUUGAUGUCUCUUACAACCAGUUUCCAGAUGACCCAGCUUUUAGCGACCUGGUAUGGCAGGCCGAACUCGCUAUCGAUAAUGGAAUAUUUCCUGAGCGAAUAUCUCAGGGUUCCAGCGGGUCAUACUUUGUCAAAAAUCAAUCAGGAAAAACAAUCGGUGUAUUUAAGCCGAAAGAUGAAGAACCUUAUGGGCGGCUGAAUCCGAAAUGGACCAAAUGGAUGCACAAACUGUGUUGUCCUUGUUGUUUCGGAAGGUCCUGCCUGAUACCCAAUCAGGGUUAUCUGUCUGAAGCUGCCGCUUAUUUGGUCGAUCAUAAACUCAAUUUGAACAUAGUGCCCAAAACUAGAGUGGUUAAGUUAGUUUCGGAAACCUUCAAUUACUUGAGGAUAGAUAGGGAAAAGGCUAGAGUGAAAAGAGCCAUUAUGGAACAGUUUCCAAAUGUUGGUUUACGGUUUAAUAGAAUAGGUUUGCCGCCAAAAGUCGGUUCGUUCCAGCUAUUUGUAGAUGGUUACAAAGACGCCGACUUUUGGCUCAGGCGAUUCGAAGUUGAGCCGCUACCUCAAGGCAUCGCCCAGAAGUUCCAGCUGCAGUUCGAACGCCUCGUCAUCCUGGAUUACAUAAUACGAAAUACAGACCGCGGUAACGACAACUGGUUGAUCAAGUAUGAUCAGCCGGCGAUCGUGAACGGAAAUACGGUGAGUGCUCAAGUCGAACUCUGUGAUAUCAAGGAGUGGAAUCUGGUGCAGGCGCCGGAAAUUAGCAUAGCGGCCAUCGAUAAUGGACUGGCGUUUCCCUACAAACACCCGGACAGCUGGAGGGCAUACCCAUACCAUUGGGCAUGGUUGCCUCAAGCCAAGAUUCCGUUCAGCAAGCAGACCAAGGACCUGGUGCUGCCGUUGCUUACUGAUAUGAAUUUCGUGCAGGACCUCUGUGAUGAUUUACACUUACUUUUUAAACAAGAUAAAGGUUUCGAUAGAACACUAUAUGAACGUCAAAUGUCUGUAAUGCGGGGCCAAAUAUUAAAUUUAACCCAAGCUCUGAAGGACAGUAAGUCGCCUCUACAGUUGGUACAAAUGCCUGCUGUUGUUGUCGAAAGAACGCAGAGUCAACAUACUUCUCGAUUUUUUAAUUUCACACAACGCUUCCAAGACAAAAGCCCCUUCUUUUCUUGGUGUUGAGUUUGUAAUAUAUACAUUAACAGAUAUAAGUGAAAAUUGUUUUUCUCAUUACUUAUUAAUUUUAAUUGUCUUAUACAUUGUAAAAAUAGUUUUAUUGUAUAUUUGAGAAUGAAAACUACAUUACCAGA